GUGUUAAAAAUAUGUCAGGUUUUCAAAUUGAACAAAGCAAAUCCAAAUCUGCUACUUUUUUUGACGUUAAAACUUUGGAUGAAAAGUGGAAGAACUUUUCCAAAUGUGUCAUAAUGCCUCAAAAUGUAGAUAGAUUUGAUUCGUACAAGAACUUUUUCAUUCGUCCUGAUGAUAUUUUCAUACUUGGAUAUCCACGAUCAGGUACAACAAGAUUACAAGAAUUAAUUUGGAUUAUUGCCAAUGAUUUUGAUUUUAAAACUCUGAUGGAAUAUGAUUGUGGUACAAGAAUUCCUUUUUUCGAAUCACCUGAAUUAAGUUUUGAACUUCGUGAAAAGCCAUUGGUAACUUCAUUUGAAGAGAUGUCAAGCCCAAGGACAAUUAAAAGUCAUCUUCCAGUUCAAUUCUUGCCUGAUGAAAUUUGGACAAAAAAGCCAAAAUUAAUUCACAUUAGCCGUGAUCCAAAAGAUGCUAUAAUUUCACUAUUCUACUUGCUAAAUGAUUUUUCACCAGUUCCAAUAAAAUUAGAGGACUUCCUAGAAGAUUUUUUGUCAGAUAAUGUUUUGUAUUGUCCUUAUCGAGAGUAUGUUUGGAACUUUUUGAACUUGCCAGAUUAUGAAAAUAUUUUGUACUUGACUUAUGAGGAAAUGUCGGCUGAUUUGGAUGGAACAAUUCAAAAGGUUGGCAAAUUUUUAGGAAAAACUGUGUCAGAAGAGAAUGCCAGUAAGAUCAAAGAUUAUCUGAAUUUUGAAAAAAUGAAAAAUCGCAAAACAAAUGACAAUAAAUUCGCUUAUAAAAAAAUGAUGCAAAUAAUGCAUCCAAAUUUAAACAAUGACGUAACUUUUAUACGAAAAGGAGUCAUUGGUGGAUAUAGAAGUGAUAUGCCUAAGGAAUAUGCUGACAGAAUCGAUUACUGGUAUGCAGAAAGUGGAAAUUUAAAUCAAGGAUACAAUUAUAAGAAUUAUGCUGCAAUAAAAAAGAUUUUUGGUUCUUAAAUGAGUUUAAAUAAGUUCAUUUACCUUUAACAAUAGAUUAUUAAUUGUUUUGAAUUUGUGGUUUAAAAUUUACUU